GCCAAAGCCACCGACAUCUACGCCAAGGCGGUGGCUCGAGCUUCAGACGAGAAGGCUCGCAAGCAGCAGGAGAAGGUCAAGCAGGACCAGGUCCAGGAGAAGCUGAUCCAGCAGAUGAUGGGGACGAGCCCUGUGGACCUCCUCAACAUGGCCGUGGAUGCUCGUGUGAUCGCUCGCCAGCGCGUGCCUGGCCGAGCAGGUCCGGCAGGUGGCGGCACCAUAGCCGCCCAGGCGGCAUCCCUGUACACCUCCACCAUGGCCGCUGGCCAGUCCUCUGUCGACCGCGCCGACGCCGGCGGGGGCAAGGACAAAGGCAGAGGCAAAGGGCGAGGCGACCCGAAGGGCAAGUCCAAGGGCAACGGGAAAGCCACGCCCUCCCCCAAGGGCGAGUCAAAGGGCAAGUCCAAGGGAAAGGGCAAAGGCAAGAGCAAGGCAUCCGGCAAGACGAGCGCCGGGAAGGGCGCUG